AUGGAAAUGAUUAAAACUUAAUGCAAGUCAGGAACAUUCAAAAUGGAUGAGCUUGGGGGAAUAUUUCCAAAAUGGAAAAUUGAAGACUGGGAGUCUUGCAAGGAGCCAGCCUAUGGGCAGGCCACAUUCCAGACUGGCAUAGUGAUGACUUUCCAAGGAAGCAGCCACAUGGAUUCUCUCUCCCUACCUGUCCAGGGCAUGCGCUUGCUCCAGGUGGAUUCGGUCCAGCGUUGGAUGCAGGACUUGAAGCUGAUGACGGAGUGUGAGUGCAUGUGUGUCCUGCAGUCCAAGUCCAUCAGCCCCGAGGAUGAGGCCUCCAGCGAGCUGGCCCCGCCGUCCCGGCCUGGCCCCCGUGACCCACUGAGGGCCCUCCUGGAGCACGCCUGGCUGGUCAGCACUGAGCUGGCCCGCCUCGGCCACAAGCUGGACCGGAACCGCUGGGCGCGGGUCCACGGCCUGAGCGUGCGGCUCGGCUGCCACGUGCGCUCUGUGCUCCACAAGUACCAUGCCCUUGCCGGUGCUGACUCUGCCGAGGAUGUAGACCAGUUUGAGAAACUCUUAAUGGAGAAAUGUUCUGAGCUCACAGCAAUUACUGAAAGGUGUCUACAGAUUGAAAAUGAACAGAUUCUGAAGUCAAUGAAGUCGUGUGUUAACGAAACCCUCACUGGCAUUGGGCGGCAAUUUGGCCAGUUGAUAGAACUGGCUCUGACCCAGGAGAUCCAGCGCCUGGUGAGAAAAAUCGAUGCUUCCGAUAAUCUCUGUAUCAUGGAAAACAUGAUGGGUCACCUCUUCAGCCUUGCCCAGGAAGGGGCUCCCUUGUGCCGGAUCAUUGCCAAGGAAGGAGGAGUCCUUGCCCUGUUCAAGAUCUGCCGCCAGGACUGCUUUCGGCGCCUGUACCCACAGACCCUCAGGACACUGGCGUCCAUCUGCUGUGUGGAGGAGGGCAUCCGGCAGCUGGACAAGGUGGAUGGCAUCCUCUGCCUGGUGGACAUCUUGACCGACGACAGCCACUCAGAAGCCACGCGGGCCGAGGCGGCGGCUGUGGUGGCCCAGAUCACCUCUCCUCACCUCACGUUCACCCAACAUCUCAGCAGCUUCCUGGAGAACAUGGAGGAAAUAGUGACAGCUCUCAUCAAACUGUGCCAAGAAGCCUCGUCCGGGGAAGUGUUCCUGCUCGCCUCCGCUGCCCUCGCUAACAUCACAUUCUUCGACAGCAUCUCCUGCGAGAUGCUCCUCCAGCUGAGUGCCAUGAAGGUGCUCCUGGAGGCCUGUUCAGACAAAAAGAGAGUGGACACUCCCUACACCCGAGACCAGAUAGUGACCAUAUUGGCAAACAUGUCCAUCCUAGACCAGUGCACUUUGGAAAUUAUCCAGGAAAAUGGUGUCCAGAUCCUGGUGCAAAUGCUGUCUGAGAAGUCCCCCUCUGGGAGCCCAGUGGAAAUUGCUGCCUGUGAACGUGUCCAACAGAAAGCCGCCGUAACCCUCGCCCGCCUCAGCCGUGACCCUGACGUGGCCUGGGAGGCCAUCAGGCUCCGCUGUCUGCCUCGUCUCACAGAGCUGUGUCGAUCACCCUCAGAGAGGAACAGCAGUGAUUCCGUGCUCGUGGCCUGUCUGGCAGCCUUGAGAAGGCUUGCUGUCAUCUGUCCUGCAGACCUGGAUGAUUCUGAUUUCCAGCAGCUAGUCAAACCCAGGCUUGUAGAUUCCUUCUUACUAUGCUCCAACAUGGAAGAGAGCUUCGUAUGAGUUGGAAGAGAAGAGUCACUGCCAUCUGAUCCACCUCUCCCCAAAACAAACCUUGAGACACCAGAUUUCUUCUCCUGCCCUCUUUAUUUAUACUUAAUUUAUUUUACAGCUAUAGGAACAGAGAGCAAAAUAUGGAGAGACAGAAUGGCAUCUCCAUUUGUUCUCAGGAGUGAUUAUGUUUUACUUUCCUUGCUUUUCUGCUGAACAGGUUGGAAUGUCUAAAUGGACAAAGUACCCCGAUGAUUUGCCUUAAUCUUUCUUUUUAGCUACUUACGCUGUUAUCUCUCCACUCUUGUCACAUUUUAGACCUCUGAUAUAUAAACUGCCUCAUGGUUUUUUUUCA